CGCAAUAAGAUGUGCUUGUCUCGGCUGACCUUCCAUUCCACUCAACCUCAGCCUUGCUCUACGUAGCGCAAGGCUGGUACCCCUCUUGCCCUUCACCUCAACUGCGUUUCUUCACAUCUCAUCUGUUACCACCACCUGUAUCCCGAUCUAGAGCCCCCGCUGAACUCCCGGGAAGGCGCCAAUCCAGUCGAUGAACAUGUCCCUUCAAUAGCCUGCUGCUAUCGUUGAAAUUGAAUGCUCAGUCAUGUUCACUUCUCGCCAUGCAGAAGACCAAUUCCGCCUGCGCAUGCAUCGCGCACGCAGCAUCGACCUAACCAACGAUGAACUUGUCGAAGUCCGCGCCGCCCAACGCACCUUUGAAGGUGCCUACAUCCGCACCUCACUCUCUCAAUUCUCCUUCGCCCUCGUGGUGCUCAAGAUCUUCACGUCCGAGUUCUAUAGUAUAGGGGCUCUGUUCGCUGUUUAUGGAGCCGGAGUUCUGGUCGUCAGCGCGUACCGCAGACAACAGGGGAACCAACAAUUCUUCAAUGAGGUCAGCAAUGACGGGCUGCAUAGGAAGAGAUUCAGAACUAGUGGGAAUGUCGUUGUGGUUUUGACCGCUCUGAGUAUUGCCGCGUACGUUACGCUGUUGGUCCUGACGUUGAGGCUUUCGACAUGAAGGAAAGCAUAACGACUUGAUCGACAAGGACUGAGUAUAAAAGCAUUUACACGUGCCAAAGCCGACAUUUGAACAUGGACGGAAAUUGGAGACAGCCCUUUCAUCAGCAUGUGACGGGAAAGGAGACGACCGGUCGAUGCCUGGAGAAAAAGCGUCGAGGAAAUCCAGCAAGGUUCGAAUCCUGCUUAGCAUCAUUGCGAACAACAACUCGUGGGCACCGGGACGUGUUUCUGGACGGAUCAAGGGUGCAUAGACGUUCCGAGAUGCGAUACAGGCAGAGCACAGUCAUAUUCAACUCCAGCCUCGCCACAUGAGAUUGAUGUCCCACAUCUCAAGAGGUUAUAUUCUUGUCCCGGCCACCCCACCGCCUGUCAAGAAGAGCACGAUGCUCUGCCUAGGAUGAGUGCAAUGGGAAUACACGCGUGACCUUUACCAAGCAGGGAAAAUCCUCGGUGAUG